AUGCAAGUCCCUUUGAUUCGGCUCCAAUGCGGAGUCAACAGCUACGACUGGGGGAAGCUGGGCAAAGAUUCAGCGGCUGCUGUAUUUGCUGCUGCGACACCUGCCGAGGAUUUCUCAAUCCAGGAAGACAAGCCGUAUGCAGAGCUAUGGAUGGGCACCCAUCCUUCGAACCCCUCGAAAGACCUCGCCACCAAACGGACCCUUCUUGAUCUUGUACAAGACAAUGAAGCCCUCAUGUCCUCGGAAAUCAGCCAUAAAUUUGGGAACAAGCUGCCUUUCCUCCUCAAGGUCUUAUCGAUCGGCAAGGCCCUCAGCAUACAAGCCCAUCCGAACAAGCAACUUGCCGAACAGUUGCAUAAAAAAGAUAGCAAGAACUAUCCAGAUGACAACCAUAAGCCAGAGAUGACGAUUGCCAUCUCGCCUUUUGAUGGACUCUGUGGAUUUAGGCCCCUUGCAGAAAUAUCACAUUUCUUGUCGACGGUGCCAGCGCUGAAGAAGCUCGUGGGGGAGGCGGAAGCGGAGGUAUUCCAAAGCUCCAUCAAAGGACAAGAAACAUCAGACAAGAAGGAAGACGAGGAAAUUAACAAGAAGGCUUUGCGAAGGGUCUUUACUUCCCUGAUGAAAUCGAGAAAUGAAGAUGUCGAGCUAGCAAGCAAAGAUCUGAUUAUAUCUGCACGGGAGGAGGGUUCAAAUUUCGCAGGAGGCGGUGGACCCUCGAACACUGGGAAGGAACUUGCAGACUUGGUAGUACGAGUCAAUAAGCAGUUCCCAGGCGAUAUUGGAAUCUUUGUACUCUUUUUCCUCAACUACGUCAAGCUUGAAGUUGGAGAGGCUAUGUUCUUGAAGGCUGACGAUAUCCAUGCAUAUCUAAGCGGCGAUAUCAUCGAGUGCAUGGCUUCCUCCGACAACGUUGUUCGGGCGGGAUUCACACCUAAGUUUAAGGAUGUUGAUACCUUGGUUUCGAUGUUGACGUAUUCGUAUGCUCCGAUUGAGGAGCAGAAAAUGCACCCGGUCGAUUACCCCUAUGUUACUCUUAACCGCGAGGCAUACUCGUCGGGCUCGACUGCUGCCCUCUACGAUCCACCUAUCGAGGAGUUUAGUGUUGUGAAGACGGACCUGAAGAAGAAAGGCGCGAAAGCGACGUUCGAGCAGCUUGCAGGGCCCAGCAUCUUUAUCUGCACAUCAGGCAAUGGCAAAAUCAAUGUGGGUCCAAAGGUGGAAGAGGUGAAGCCCGGAUAUGUCUAUUUCGUAGGUGCGACUGCAGAGGUGGUUUUGGAGAGUGAAGAUGAAGAUUUCACUACGUUCAAGGCUUUCUGUGAAUUGCAUGACAAGGAGGGUAUCGAUGGAUCGCACCUAUGA